UUUAUUUUGAAUUUUAAACUUAGUCCAUAUUUAAUUUAUUAUAGAUAGAGUACCCAUGUAUAUUUUUUACACGAGAGAUAAAUCUCAAACCUAUUUUUCACUAUGUUGAACACUUGUCAAUGACAGAGAUAUGUGGAGACUCUAAAGGGAAGAAAACGAUUUUUGUCAAAAAUAAAAUUUGGCAGCAGAAUAGAAAAAUCAAAAGCUCAAAGGCAAGCUGUAAACUCCAUUUGUCAGGGAUCUGCGGCUGACAUAGUUAAGAUUGCAAUGAUAAGAAUUUACUCUGAAAUUGCCAUUGGAUUUGAUAGUCUGGAUUCCAGUUCUUCUGUUACAACCAAGUUUCAGAUGCUUAAAGAUCGUUGUCGGAUUCUGUUACAGGUACACGAUGAAUUAGUGUUGGAAGUUGAUCCUUCUGUGAUAAAAGAAGCAGCCCUAUUAUUGCAGACAAGCAUGGAGAAUGCAGUUUCACUUCUUGUUCCUUUGCGUGUUAAACUUAAGGUUGGAAGAACAUGGGGAUCUUUGGAGCCAUUUACGUCUGAUAAAAUUCAAGGAUGACACACUUGUCGAAGAUUUGGUAUUUCGAGGAAUCCGAUUGCCCUAGGAAACAAUUUUGACGACGAGGCCUUCGGUGUAAUCUGGAGUCCUCUGAGUAAAAGGCAAAACGGUAAUGUUUCGUGGAGACUAAUAUCCAUCCACACUCGAAGAGAAUUAACUAGAAGGUAGUAAACAGGUAAUAUGGUGAGAAGAAAAGAUAGGGUGAAACGUGAGUGUAAUAUUUUGAGGUGUCUGUGCUUCCAUGACUACAAGUAAUGACAAGGCUGUCAUUCUCCAAAUAAUUUUUUUAAGGAUAGGAACACAAAUUUUAGGGAUUUUCUAUUUAUUUAAGUAUCUAGAGCUGGGGCUGAGUUUGAGACGUAAUCAUCUCUUCCCCAUGCAAAUGUAAAGCUAAACUAUUUUACAAAUCUUAAUUCUUUUUUUAAUUUUAAAUAAAAGAAUACACAAGGUGGACAUUCCAAUACACAUUAUCUCUAAAAUUUGUGUAAACAUAUUGACGUGCAAUUCACAACACCUGCACCGAAAUGCAUAAGACAGAUUUUUACAUGAAUGAAAAAAGCUUCAU